AUGGCAAAGCUCAUCAUCUUUAAUGUCGUUCUCGCAUUGUUGAUAGUUGUCGCACCAAUGGUUCUAGCUGAAGUGGAGCUGAGUCCUUCAGCUGAACCAGGGCUUUACAGCUAUGUCGAGCAAUGUGUAGCCGUAACAGGAGCGAGAUGUGGGGAGGAGAUUCUAUAUGGCUCCUUUAUGGGAAAGCCCGUUACUCUUGAAUGCUGUCAAAAACUCUUGCUGAUGGGGAAGGCAUGUGAUGAUGCAUUGAUGAGGGUUGUUCUCGAAUUUCCAGAAUACAAGGGACAUGAAGAAGAAGCUCUGGCAGGGAGCAAUAAACUCUGGGAAAAGUGUGCUCUAGCCGUGCAAGCUGCCUCACCUUCCCCUUCUGACUAA